AUGGCUCCUCGACGCAAGAGACAGAGACUUUCCGAAGACGGUACAGCCCUAGAAGUAGGGCAGGCAGAAACCUCCGCCAUCGAGCCCAGCGGACCGCAAGCCUCAGCCGAGAAAACCGCACGCAAGGAACAGCAGCAUAGACGCUCUCUUUUCGUCCGCUCUUUACCAGCGACUACCACGACCGAGGACUUGACAGAGCUUUUUUCGCAGUCUUAUCCAAUCAAGCACGCUGUCGCCGUUACGGACCCGGCUACCAAACAAUGCAAGGGCUACGGCUUCGUCACAUUUGCCGACGCGGAAGACGCUCAGCGGGCGCAGGAAGAGUUUGAUAGUUCUGUGCUUCAGGGGCGCAAGAUCAGGGUCGAGGUUGCAGAGCCUCGACACCGAGAUGAGCAAGAUAAGGGUAGCGUGCCGUCCGCAGCAGCAGAAGCCAAGGCCACAAGGGAACAGCGGAAGAAAGAAGCACAGCAGCAACAGCAGCCGCCGAAGCUGAUUGUGAGGAAUCUGCCUUGGAGUGUCAAGGAGCCGGAUCAGCUUGCUGCGCUGUUUAGGAGCUAUGGCAAAGUCAAGCAUGCGACGAUUCCGAAGACGAAGCCGGGACUCUUGGCUGGGUUUGGGUUUGUGGUCAUGAGGGGAAGGAAGAAUGCGGAGAAGGCUAUCGAGGGUGUCAAUGGGAAGGAGCUGGACGGGAGGACGGUUGCGGUUGACUGGGCGGUGGAUAAGGAGACUUGGCAAAAUGAGCGGAAGGAUGUUAAGGAGGUUGAGAAGGUUGAGGAGGGAGGGGAUGGCAGGGAUGAGGAGGACUCACUCAACUCUGAUGCGGACAAAGUCACAGACGAUCUAGCAGAUGGCGAUGUCAUGUCUGACGAAGAGGCAUCAGAAAAGGAAGGUUCGCCGGCCGAGGAUGACGAUGACGACGACGUUGCCUCGGAUGGUAGCGACGAGUCCGACAUUGCACAAGCUCAGAAGCAACAGGUUUAUUCUGGGACUCUCUUUGUCCGGAACCUGCCAUUCACCUGCACAGACGAAGAUCUAGAGGAGCACUUCUCGCAAUUCGGGCCGAUACGUUAUGCGAGAAUCGUCCUUGACCGAGCGACAGAAAGACCGAAGGGCACCGGCUUCGUAUGCUUUGUGCAAUCCGAGGAUGCUGGCAUGUGUGUGAAGGGGGCGCCCAGGCAAGCCCGAAGAGCGCAGGAUGCAAAGGAUCCGGCCUCUGCGAUAUCUCAUUCCAUCCUUCAGAACGAAGAGUCCGACCCAACCGGCAAAUACACCAUGGACGGCCGAGUAUUGCAAGUAACAGCAGCCGUAGACAAAUCUGAAGCCAACCGACUUACUGCGGAGGGAGUUACUCACCGCGGUGACCGCGAUCGAGACAAGCGUCGUCUAUACCUUUUAUCCGAAGGCACCAUCGCGUCGAACUCUCCGCUUUACCAGAUGCUCGCACCCUCAGAGAUCACUAUCAGAGAGGCUAGUGCAAAGCAACGGAAAGCACUUAUCGAGAGCAACCCUUCACUGCACCUCAGUCUGACUCGUCUGUCCAUCAGGAAUAUUCCGCGCAGCGUUACUUCAAAAGAUCUCAAAGCUCUUGCGCGAGAGGCUGUGGUCGGCUUUGCGAAGGAUGUAAAGGAGGGUAAGCGUCAACGGUUGUCGAAAGAGGAGCUGCAACGAGGUGGUGAGGCAAUGCAACAAGCCGAGCAAGAGCGAAAGGCGAAAGCGAAAGGGAUCGUGAAGCAAGCAAAGGUGGUUUACGAAGGUCAGGAAGGGUCCAAGGUGGACGAGUCGACCGGAGCUGGCCGCAGUCGAGGCUACGGAUUCAUCGAAUAUCACACUCACCGAUCAGCACUCAUGGGGCUAAGAUGGCUCAACGGCCAUGCCGUCGGGUACCGGACUCAGGAGAAGCAGGGCAAAAAGGCGUCGAAAGACGACAUUCAAGACAAGAAGAAGCGACUCAUUGUCGAAUUCGCGAUCGAGAAUGCACAAGUCGUUAGCCGGCGGACGGAGCGCGAGGCGAAGGCCCGCGAGAGAUCGAAAGCCGUUACCAAGCAGACGCACCAAGCCAAUGGAAGCAACCCUACUAAGGGUGGGUCGUCUAAAGGUGCUGGAUCGCGCCCAGAGCAGGGUUCGCGGAAGCGGAAGCGUGCCGUUGAUGCGAGCGUUACCAGGUUUCAGCCCAAUCCAAACACCGUCAGCUCGCCUCCCGCUUCCAAAGACGAUAAGCUGGCCCAACGCCAGAAGAUCAUAGAAAGGAAGAGGAUGAUGCGGCGCACACGGAAGAAAGCUGCUGCCUGA